CCAACCUUCUCCGCUACCUCCGGAGCGGCGGCGCGCCGUGCAAGGAGCGCGUGUGCCACGUGUUGCUGCGCGUGCUGCCGCACGCGACGCUGCGCGACGUCGACUUUGACUGGGCGCGUUUCGGCUCGCUCGAGGCGAUCGUUGAGUGGCACGAGGAGCUCUACGAGAGGCAGAGAGUGCCGCCGCUGCUGCCGGCCGGGUCCCAGGCGAUGCUCGACUUGCUCGUCGACCUGCGCGAGCGGCUGCGCGCGGAGGGGCUGCCGCUGUGGGAGGCGGCGCUGCCCUACCUCGACGAGAUCGCAGAGCUCUCCUCGCUCUCAAAGUGGCUGCUCCUGCCACCGGGGAGCGGGGCAGAGCCGCCGCCGCCGUCGCUCCGCCACGCCGCGCGAGCGUCGGGCGUGGACGGCGCCGCGGGGGCAGCGCGAGCGGAGGUUGCGCGAGCGCUCGCCGCGUGGGAGCCGCGGCUCGACGAGGAGUUGGUCCGGUACGUCGACUCGCAGCACGGCUCGGCGCACGGCGGCGGCGCGGGCGGCGGCGGCGGCGGCGGCGGUGGCGGCGGCAGCAGCAGCAGCGCCGACCGGCCGGGCUCCGCCCUCACUCUUCGGCCGGCGCUGCUCGCCUCCCUCUCCCACGACGGCGCGCCCUCUUCCUCCGACCGGCGAGCGCUGCAGGCGUCGGCGGCCGAGGCGCGUUGCGCGCGCUUUGUCCUCAUCCAGCGGUUCAAUGCGCUCCUCGCGCACCUCGCCCCCCUCGUGCACUCCUCGCGCGAGCACGAGGCGCACACGCUCGGCGGCCGGCUCUGCCUCCUGCGCGGGGUAGUCUUCCUUGAGGUCAAGCAGGCGCUGCUCCAGCGCUUCGUCACCUCCACGGCCAAGGACGCGGACGCGCCGCAGGUCCUCCUCAACCGCCUGCGAGCGCUCUCCAAGCAGAGCCCCGACGGGUCGCACACGCUGCUUGCGCAGCUGCAGGAGCAGCUCUCGCUGCUGCACCCGCGCGCGCUCUGCCGCGCAGACAAGGCCUUCCGCGUCAACUUUGUCGGCGAGGCGGCGGACGACCACGGCGGGCCGUACCGCGAGGCGAUCACGCAGAUCUGCGGCGAGCUCCAGUCCGGCCAGCUCCCCCUCCUCCUCCGCUGCCCAAACGGACGGCACGGCGUCGGCGCCGGCCGCGACGUCUACCUGCCACGGCCGGCGGCCUCGUCGGCGCGCGAGCUCGGCUGGUUCCGCUUCGUCGGCCAGCUGCUCGGGCUCGCGCUGCGGCAAAAGGAGACGCAGCUGCCCCUCAACCUGCCCUCGCUCGUGUGGAAGCAGCUUGUCUCGCAGCCGCUCGACGAGUCGGACUUGCGAGGCACCGACGAGCUCUGCUGGCAGAGCCUGCAAAAGCUGCGCACCAUCGACCAGGAGGGCGUCGACGCCGCCCUCUUCGGCGACGUCAUCUUCGAGACCUUCCAGACGCAGCUCUCGGACGGCUCCGAGGUGGAGCUCUUGCCGGGCGGCCGCCACAGCCGGGUCACCUUUGAGAGCCGGCACGACUACUGCGACGCCGUGCUCGCCGCGCGGCUGCGCGAGUCGCGGCAGCAGUGCGACGCGCUCCUGCAGGGCAUCUCCCUCGUCCUGCCGCAGCGGCUCCUCUCGCUCUUCACAUGGGAGCAGCUCGAGCGGCUCGCGUGCGGGUCGGCCGACGUGAGCGUGGAGGUGCUGCGCGGCCGCACCAAGUACGGCGUCGGCGUCUCGUCUGUGCAGCGGCACGUGCGCUACUUUUGGGCCGCGCUGCGCGGCUUCACGCCCGAGCAGCGAUCCGCCUUCCUCCGCUUCGUGUGGGGCCGCUCGCGGCUGCCCAUCUCUGCGGCGGAGUGGGGGGACACGCGCUUCACGCUGCACACCAAGCAGUCGCCGCGGCCCGACGCGCUCUUCCCCGUGGCGCACACCUGCUUCUUCUCGCUCGAGCUCCCCGCAUACACCUCGGCGGCGAUCUGCCGCGAGCGCCUCCUGUACGCCAUCACCCACUGCCUCGCCAUUGACAUCGACACGACCACCGGCGCGCGCGAGAACCGGCAACUCACCGCGUGGUCCUCGUCCGAAGACGAGGAGGAGGCGCCGGGCGCACCUCCCAGCCCGACGGCGCGAAGGUGACGACCGAGCCAAGGGGCGCAAGACUGCGUGAAUGUGUGGCGGCCCCUUCAACGGACCGAUGAGCGAUGUACAAUGUACCAGCUCCAGGCUCCAGCGCCCGCGCCCUGGCCUCUCGAGCGUGCCCACCUCCGUAUGUUUACGUGUGUCUGAGAGUUAUCUACGUCUCUUGUGGGGUAUCUUCAGAGAUACCCAUACCGCA